UAUUAACCCUCGGCGCGCAUGCGCAGCGAGGGUUACGGUAGUUGUCCCGUAAGUGUGUCAGUCCGUCAGUCCGUCAGUCCGUCUGUCUGUUACCACGUUUUCUGCCACCGCGCGCACGAAAUCAGCAACCUUCACUGUUGACGAAGGCGGGGGUGACAGGCUUUUUAUUUUCUGUUGCCAUAUAUGGACAUAGUGGUUACAAUAAUUUGGCAGGGCUGGUUGGAAUGUGCAACAGAUGAACGAUGCGGCUUGUCUCUCUGUUGAGUCUCCUCUGGUCUCUGGUGGAGGUCCACUCUCAGACCUUUCCUUAUGUCUCCUUCAAUGGCCAGACUCUGGCCAACCAUUCCUAUGUGGACCUCAGUCUAGUGGGGAAUCAUAGCAGUGGUAGUGACAGUGUUCAGUGUCAUACUGACGUGAACACAUGUUGUACUCCUGUUUGGGGUGGUUAUCGUGGAGAUUGGUACUUCCCAAAUGGAACGAGAUUGCCAUUCCAUGGAAAUACCGGUAUCUACAAGACCCGUGGAGGUCAGAAAGUUGGCUUAAGUCGUAAUCGUGAUACCUCACCUACUGGUAUCUAUCGCUGUGAUAUCCCAACUUAUGCUGUCCAUGAUAAUACUGACAUCUCAGUGAGAGACACAGUCUAUGUUGCACUGUAUACUGACAGUGGAGGAGAUAUCACGAUAUCUGGAGAUGUGACAUUUGACUCUGACCAGCUGACCCUCACCUGUAUCUCAACUGGUGGACCUGCUACCACUGCCACUUGGACCAGAGACUCCACCACUGUCACCCAAGGAACCCAGACGGUGUUCAAUGACCCAGUGACUGCACAGUACAUCCACACUCUGACUGUGACUACUGCAGGAGAAUACACUUGUACUGUGUCUAAUCCCAAGCCAUCCUCUGCUUCCUCUACAAUCUUUGUAGCAGGUGCAUUGCCUCCUACUGGUGUGACAGCAGUCCGUGGUCCCACUAGUAUCACAGUGACCUGGACUCCUCCCUCUCCACUGGGAGAUACCACAGGCUACAGGAUCUCCUUCACCACAGGCAGUGAU